GACUCAGGAGAGUCGCACCUUGGGCAGAGAGAAAUCCCCACCACUGGAAACCCCCCAGGGCCUAAUGAAGAAGGAGGAGGCGGGGCCAGACUGACUACUUAAGCGGGGUCUCCAGAAGGGGCUCAGAAAGAGAAAGGAAAGAAGAGCCCCGGCUGCUGUGGGGUGGCUGCAUCAGAGGGAGAGAGCUAUGAAGAAAGCAGCUCUCGCUCUCCCCCUCUACCUUCUUUUCCUCACCCACCGAAGCUACCUCUUCCUCCUCCAAGGCCAGGGUAGUUGGGGGGAGCCUAGGGAAGGAGAGAGCCCUUUGCGAGUCGAGCCGAAGCAGCCGGUGGUCCAAGCUGGAGGUUCCAUUCAGCUCCGAUGCUCUCUCGUGUGCCCUCAGAAGGAAGCCACGGUGCAGUGGAAGGGGCUGGACACCAGCCUGGGUCACGUCUCCUCAGGGCCAGGUCUCAGCGUCCUCACCAUCCCCGAGGCCACACUCUCUAUGGCCGGGAGCAAGGUGUGUACCAGCACGUGCCAAGGCAGCACCUACCAGAACAGAGUAGAGCUGACAGUAUACGCCUUUCCCGACAAAGUGGAAGUGUCCCCAAGCACCCUGGCCCCUGGGGAAGGGGCUACGCUGGUCUGCUCGGCCCGAGAGGUCUUCCCUUUUGACCGUCUGACCUUCACCUGGUACCGGGGCAAUGAGAAGCUGGGGGGUCUACAGUCCUUGGACAGGGACAUGGGGCCCGAGCAGGAAGCAGAGACUGGGGAGGAGGUGUACUGGGUCACCGAACGCUGGGCCCUGCCAGAAGAGCUGGUGACGCCGGGACCCGAGCUUCGCUGCCUGGUAGAGAUGAAGCUGGAGCAGCAGGUUAUCACCCACAGCCGGGCCGUCGCUGUCAUUUCCAGGAUGCCAUCAUCCCCAGAACCAAGCACCGCUCUGCCAACACAGACCACCGUGGGGCUGGCUCUGCCCUCCUCAGAGGUGUCUACAGUGACGGGUCACAGUUCCAGCAUCCCUGACACCACAGUCUCCUCCCUCUCUUUGGGCCCUGGGUCUUCACUAUCCCCUACCUCAAAACCCAGCUCUGGCUCUCCUUGCCUCCCCAAAAUAUUCCCGUCCCGGGUGCCAGGCAUCAAUGAGGGGGCCCUGGAGCUAACAUGCCAGGCAGACUGUGAACCUGGAGCAUCAGUGCACUGGAUUCAGGCCCCAGGCAGGCUGGCAGACUACCAGAGACAGGAGGCUGGGGCCCAAGCCACCCUAAUCCUGAUGCAUCCCGGGCCCUGGAACAGGGGCUCCUACACGUGCCAACUCGAACCUGGGGGCCAGAGAGAUAGCUAUUACCUGGACAAGCCCAUCUUGCCUGAUGUGGACAACUCAGACAACUCAGCAGCCCUAUGGACGGGCGGCUGCAUGCUGGGGCUGAUCCUUGUGACCUGUGUGUCUUACCGCCUGUGGAAAUGGCUCAGGGCUGAGGACUCUGCCAGUGCCCAAAAUCUGGGGGCCCAGCUUUGAAAGCGCCUGGUCAAAUACGAGGCUCUCAAUCUUGCCAGCUCCCAAGGCUAGAGAGUGGGGUCCCUGGUCCCUGUGAGGCCAGUGUAAGAAGUGGGGAGGCUAUCCCCCAUCCUGACCCCCCGCCACGGGGCGAGCCCGUGCCUCCCUUGGGUCUGCCGACUGGACAAAGGGAACCUGCCUGCCAGCCAGAGGGCCCUGGAAACGGGCUCCCCCGGCCUUCCCCAAGCUAGAGGGAAGGGGUUGGGUAAGGGCAGGUCUGCUCUCCGCUGGGUCACGCCGGGCUCACUCACAUCAGCCGGCUCUUCUCUCGGGUGGGGAUGGAGUGGGGGGGUUCACACUGGUCACCCAAAGGAUCUGACCAAUAAAGAGCUCAUCUGUCUGUGGA